AUGAAGGGCUUAGUACUGCCACUGCAAGCGUUGAAAUAUGCAAUAUAUUGGCGUAUUCUUUCUUUUACUUUCGAUACCAGUACCAGUAUACGCGCAGAUACUGAUGUUGAUACUGGUGUUAGGUGUUUGUGGGCGUUGUAUGGAGAAAAGAGAGACUUUUCGAGGCGACACAAAAUCGUUUUUCUCUUUGCGUUUCACGUGACGACGGGAACGCUGGACAUCGAGAAAAUCAAGGGAUUAAAAUCGACUGCGGCUGAGAAACUUCAAACGUUAACAGCAAAAGCUGCGACUGGUCUCCAGCAACUGAAAGAGACCGCCUCUAAUAGUCUCCAUGAAUUAGCUGAGACUGCAUCUCAUAACAUACAACAUUUAGGAGACGAUAUCGAUUUAAAUAAUCUAUACAAAUUAGAUGUACUACAUGUAAUACCUGCUGUAAAGUCUAAAUAUAAACUAAUCAAAGAUCUGUAUAAUAAACCUGAAACUAAAGUUAACGUUAUACAUAUAUACGGAGAUGAGUUGAAUUCUCACUUUGAUCACGCUAAGCUUGUUAAAGUGAAAGAAUGGCAUCCAGCUUUACCUCAUCAUGUUCACGAGCCGCCUCAUCACUUUCAUCACUCUCCUCAUCAUCCUCCACACCACCAUCACCAUUUAGAACACUAUCAUUUACGUUACCCUGUAAAAGAGUAUUAG